CUUUAGCUUUGUCCAAGUCGAUACGAGUAUGCCGCGAGAGAGCUAUACGCCCGAGGACAUUUUGGACCUCGAGACGCCGACCAAGUCGUUUCUGUGCCCGAUGAGCGCCAACGUCUAUGGCAUCGACUUUCUCAAGUUCCAGAUCAUCGACUACGACACGAAGCGCAAGAUCUUCCAGGUCGGCCGCGACUGCCCGCCCCGUGCAGCCGCCAAGAUCGAUUUCUCCCAGCCAUUGGAUGAAGAUUCGUUUCGAAAGAUUCGAUACGAGUUCUCGGACGACGUGCUGCGGCUGCCCUCGAUCAUGACGUCGCUCGAGUUCUGCGUCGGGCCCAAGGAGGUCCACAACUUUCGCAUGAUCGAGCGCCACUAUUUCCGCGACGAGCUCAUCAAGUCGUAUGACUUCACCUUUGGCUUUUGCAUUCCGAGCUCGACCAACACGUGGGACGCGAUCUACUCGGUGCCAUCGCUGGACGAAGACCUCAUCCAAGACAUGGUUGCGAACCCGUAUGCGACCGUCUCGGACAGCUUUUACUUUGUCGGCGACGAGCUCAUCAUGCACAACAAGGCCGAGUACAAGUACAUCCUCGAAGACCGCGCGCAGAGCAAGCGCUCGUACUACGACAGCGAUGACGACGACGCAAAGGACGCCAAAGGCGCCAAGGCCGGCGACGCCAAACGCGCGAGCGCCAAGGAGACCAAGUGGUCAAAGGAAGACGACUACGACGCGUAGAGGCGCCGUGUAUUACAUCAUUCCUAACGACGUCUGCCUAAUCCAAUUCGUCACUUGUCGAGUCAAGCGAGGCGU